AUUUUAUAACUUCCUACCUGAAAUUACUUAAACUAUCGUGUAUAUCAAUAAAAAUAUAUAGUAGCAUACAUAGUGGUUCUAAAUUUAUAUUAUAUAUUAUGUUAUAUCUUAUAGUAACUAUCCUUUCCACAUAUUCAUGCUUGACAUUUGUGCAACAGCCUAUAUCGACACAUUGAUAACAAUAAUUGGUUACAGACUGUCAGUUUUACAUCAAGCAAAUUGAAAGUGCCAAGAAAAUGUCACUCUAUACGUCCCCGAAUUUCUGAACUCAAAACUAUUAUAAUGAUUACUUAUAACUAUAAACAUUGAUUUGUGAACAGUAUCCGAAGAAAAAACUUGAAAGCAAUGGAUACUAAUGGACAACUAUUAGUCAAGUACCAAAAACUUGCUACAGAAUAUUCAAAAAUACGUGCACAAGUAAAUGUCCUAAAAAAAGCUGUGAUUGAUGAACAAACUCAUAAUACAGAACUUAAAGAACAACUAAAAGAAAAAGAGGUUGAAUUAAGAAGAGCAGAACAAGAAUUGGAUAGUCUUAGUUUUCGUAAUCAACAAUUAACAAAACGAGUUACUGUCUUGCAAGAAGAUCUUGAUAAGAUUCAAACUAAAACAAAAAAAGGUAAAAGCAAAGGAAUUGAAAAUAAGUUUGAUCAAUUUUCAUCAACCUCCAAUGAUAUUCUUGAUGAAGAAUUUCAAAAAAAAAUUGUAGAAAAUGCCCUACUACUUUCACAAAUUAGUGAUAAAAAUAGUGAAAUUGAAAGCUUACUUGAUAAAAAACAACAUUUAGAGUAUAAAUUGGAGCUUUCAGAAAAAGCAUAUAUUGAUUUAGAUAGUAAAUAUAGUGAAAUAAUAGAAAAAUUUGAAAGUGAACAAAAUAAUACUCAAAGGAAACUCGAUGAAAACAUAAAACAAGAGAAAACAAUUUCAUGCUCUAGUGAAAAUGGGAAAACAAGCAACUAUGGUUUAGAAUUAAAAUCAGGGGUUUCAAAUUACAGACAGGAUCUUUCUACAUUUUCAUUAUCUUCAGCAUCUCGAAGAUCAUCUAAAUCCAUUAUGGAAAUAGGUCCUCUAACGAAAAUUUGGAGAACUGCACCAGAUGAAUUUUGUGAUAAUUUUACUUUUACAAAAUUAACUGAAUUAGAAAAAGAACUAAAUCAUUGGAAAGCUGAAUAUAAUAUUAUAAAAAUUAAAUUUGAUGAGUUAAAUCAAAAAGAAAAUAUUGAAAAGAAUUUAUUUGAAAUAAAUAGUCUAGAACCAAUUGAAGUUAAUAAUAUGAUUGGAACAUUUAGUGGGCCUUUUUCACUAUCAGAAGAGAUUAUAGCUCGUGAAACAAAAAUUAAAGAAUAUUUUCUUCACGAAAUCAAUAGGCUAAUAAUGGAAAAGCAAAUAUAUCAUGUUAGAAAUUUAGCUAUAGCUGCAAAUAUUGAAGUAAUUAAUGCCCAUUUAAAUAGAAGUGAAGAAAAAAGAGAAAUAUGUGAAGCAACAUUAUUAGAAGCUCUUUCAAGUUCUAAAUCCUUGCAAGAAGAUAAAGAAAUACAAGAAGGAAAUUAUAAAUCACAACUUAGUACUAUGAGUGAACAUCUAGCCAAUAUGAAUGAAAAACUCAUAUAUCAAACAGAAGAGAUACAACAACUAAAAUUUGAACUUUCCACAAAAGUAAUAGUAGCAAAAAAGGAAAAUAAUCUCAUUCAGUUACCAUUUUAUAUCAAUGAUAUUAAUACAUUAGUGACAUAA